AUGACGUCUGCUGAUGGAGGUGGUGGCACGCCUCCCAAUUUAUCUUCAUCCUCAUCAUCCUCAACUUCGUCAUUGGCUCCCAUGUAUACGACUAAUAGACCGAAAAGAAAGUCGCUCUCCACAAUUGAAUCGUGCGUUACCCGUCUCCUUGUAUCUACAAAGCAUUUGUUGGAAAGCUUGACGCAGUGGGCAAGACAGGAAGUCGAUGAUAAGUUUGUCAGCGACGCCUACGUCAAAUUGGGCAACGAUUUCCGCUCUGCGAGCAGGGCAUUCACCAACAGUGGCAUUGAUAUUUCGGACCUUGGCAAUGUCCCACAGCAAUUGCGUGUCAUCUUGGAGGCCGCGUUGGCCGAGGCGCCCUCUCAGGAGAACUUGGAUAGGUUCUUGCCCGAUAUCAGACAGAUAAUUGUGACGUUGCUCCAGAACCUAAAAGUAAAACAAGCCAAGGCGAAAGCGAUGGCGAACGAGAGGUCAGCUCGCGAAGCUUUGGAGCUGAAUUCAGAGAAAAGCCGGCAGAGCAGGAACUUUUUGGAAGUGCCGACGGAGACAGCCUCGGAAGCUGUAAAAAACGCGUCAUUGUCACUACCUGAGGCAAACUCUGGUCGGAAGAGUAAUACUUCGUCUAUUGGUGCAAGAACGCCGGAAAGGAAAGACGCAUUGUCGCAGUUGCAGAAUGGAGAUGCGCUACAGCGCAGAGCAAGCAAAAGAUUCAGCGCUUAUCAAUUUGCUAAACUAACAAGCUUGCCAAACCAGUCCAAAUUCAAACAAAUAAACGAGGCCACGUCUGCAUUUGAGCCUCAAGCCACGCCUAGAUCGCCAGAAGCUUUGCCAAUUGCAACUACAAAUGCAAAUGCAAAUUCACCUACAAGUGCACCUACAAAUGCAAAUUCACCUUUAAAUGCAAGCGCACCCACACAUGCACCCACAAAUGCGAACGACUCUGUGGUUAGCGAACUGAAUCUCACUACAGGAGAAACUUAUGUUCUUUUAAGAAUCAAUUCAACCACGAGAAAAAGCUUUAUAACCUUACCAGCAACAUUGGCCUCCAUCCGGCUCCUUUUUGUUGAAAAAUUCGGGUACUCGCCGGCUGGUGGUACAUUCCCCGAUAUCUACAUCGAGGACCCUCAUUCAAAGGCCUUUUACGAACUCGAGGAAAGCUUACUUGGAGAUGUGAAAACUGGCACUCUACUAUGUCUUCAAGAAAAUACCAAGCGUGAGGAAGAAACGUGGAGCAAACUCGGUUCUAGAAUCGAGGAAUUGAAUCUAAAAUUGGAGUCAAUGAGUACCGAUCUCACUUCCAAGGUCGAGAAUGCCAUCUCGUCGAUUGAAAUACCCACACCAGUGAUUUCCUCCGCACUGGAUAGCAAAUUGUUGCCAAGGGUAAAGCAAACAGCGUCAAAUGUUGACAGGAGGGAAUUGACAAGGUUGGAGAAUGAAUUGCGAGCAGUAAAGCAGUUGAACAAUGCUUCAACUGAUGAAUUCAGCUCUACGCUAGCCAAGGUGAUGCAGAAAUUAAAAGUGUUGCAAGAAUCCGGGUUGGAAGUUUCCCAAAACGCAAACAGAAAGUAUAUGGAGUCGUGCCACUUGAAGCUUUCUGAAGAAUCGGACCUGUUGUUGACAAAAGUUGACGAUUUGCAGGAUGUGAUGGAAGAAGUCAGAAAAGAUGUGGCUCAACGAGGCGUCAGAGUGGGCGAAAAACAAUUGAAGCAGAUAUUGAAGGAGAUUCUGGAGGCCAACAAGUCGUGGCAGGAAAUGAGCAGCUACAUCACGAAGGAAAAAUCGAUUUGGAAGAAAAUCUGGGAGUCGGAGUUGGACAAGGUUUGCGAGGAGCAGCAGUUUUUCAACUUGCAGGAUGACUUGACCAACGACUUGAAAGAGGACUUGGCCAGGAUCCAGGAAACGUACGAGUUGAUUGAGCAGUGCUCCAUCGAGCAAAGCAAAGGGGUCCCUUCCAAGAGAAGCAAGGUCGUUGCCAACUUGCAUAUACCAGAACCCGGGGAGAGUUUGCAUAGCAUCAAAGACCAAGUGUUGGUAAACAUAGCUCUGUUGAAUCCCAACCAUGAGAGUAGGGUCGAGGCGAUUGAACGAGCAGAAAAGUUGAGGGAGAAGGAGAGGGCCAUGUCUAGAUUAAACAAGUUCCAAGAAGAGUUGGGUGAUUUCGUGGAAGACAACCGGUUGAAGAAAUCGGGAGGAAUCGAAGAGAUUGAAAAUCUUCGCAAGCAGCGGGAUCAAGAAAACUUGAAAAGCUCGUUUGGCAUCGUUUGA